AUGCUCAAGCCUAUUCAAUUUAAGAUGCUGGAGCCUGAAUAUAUUCCACGCACGACGAAUACUUCGGAUGGCACAGUUCUGGGUCUUGCCAAUGAAUGGAUACAGACGUGUUGCACUUUCCAUGAGAUUUGUCACAAACGGGGGCCUUGCGAACCCAACUUCUUGCCCACGCGCCUCAUAGAUAUUGGAAGCGAUAGUUCCGAUACAUGGAAGUUGGUGAUAACCCGUGGUACAUCCAUGGCACCGGUAGAGUACAUUGCGCUGAGCUACUGCUGGGGAGCAUCAACUCAGCUCCGCCUGACAGCCAGCACACAGGACAGCUUCACCAAUGGAAUGCCCGUCGCGGCUCUGACAAGAACCCAUCGAGAUCUCAUCACGGUGGCCAGGAGUCUCGGCAUUCGCUGGCUAUGGAUCGACGCAUUAUGCAUCCUUCAAGAUUCUAAGAGCGACUGGGCGCGAGAAUCGCUGGAGAUGGCCGAGAUCUACUCAAACUGCAAGCUAGCCGUUGCUGCUGCCGCCUCUUCAGACUCACAGGGCGGCCUGUUCCGCGACCGGCAAACGAAUGGUAUCUCCCCGCUGAUACUGCGCCAGCCUAACAGAGCACACCUGAUGCACAGCAACAACUACUGGGGGGAGCACCUUGAAGACUGCUCCCCGCUCUUCAAGAGAGGUUGGGCGUUGCAGGAGCGCUUACUGCCUAAACGUGUUCUUUACUUCUCGCACAACCAAAUCUUCUUUGAAUGUCGCUUCAAUCGUGCUUGUGAAGGAUUCCCCUGCGGCGGAGUCGGUCUCUCAAACAGAUUAGAGAAUCUCAGCUUCUUUGACACGGAGCUGGCGGGAGGACGAGGCAUCUCAAGUCGGCAUGAGCAAAAUUCGAUUAGACGAGUGCGUAUCUGGAGCAGUAUAGUAAACAAGUAUCAGUCGUGUGACUUUACUUUCCCGUCGGACAAGCUCAUCGCGCUCAGCGGUGCCGUCAGGACGAUCGAGCUUCAGACGGGCGAUAAAUACCAUGCUGGGUUGUGGAAAUCACGAAUUCUCUUCUAUCUUGGAUGGAAUAGCCGCGACAGAGGGCGCUGCCGCUUACCUGAAGUCCAAACACCCUCUUGGUCGUGGAUGUCCAUGCGUGGACCUAUUGCCUGGGAGACGGAAAUGGAGAUGAUGCUGAACAUAGAUCUAGAGAGCGCCAAAGUACCACUCCAAGAGACCAUGCCGUUGGCUCAUGUAGUAGAUAUCACGACGGAGAGACGGACCAACGAGGCUCAGGAUCAGCUCCGUAUCCACGGAAGUAUUCUCUUAAAGGGGUCACUUGUCAAGGCGAGACUUUUAUGCAGCACCUCCAAAGCAGAAAACGGCGGAGGAAUAUUGGUGGUCACAAAGUAUGGAAGAUAUAUGCUCAGCGAGACACAGGAGCCCAUAUACCUGCUGGAGAUGGACAUGAACCCAUGCUUGGCGGAGGCGUUCCCAGACAUCGACGCCAGUGAAAUGCCGCAAGGGUUGCACUCGGCUAACGUCUCAUUCUGCGGCUUCGAAGAAGGCCAUGAGUACAACCUAUUUGGGCACAAAUUGAACUCGAAGGGGGGAGAAACUAUUUCGUUUAGGGUGGUACCAAUGACAACGGGGGAUAUCUUUGCAUUGCCACUCUAUGCUGGUCUUACAAAUGAAGGCUCCAUCGUGUCUGUAGUAGGGCUUAUCGUCACUCAAAGUGCACGACAAGGUGAAAAUCGGUGCAUGAUGGAAAGAGUCGGCAUGUUUCGGUUGGCUGCACGAGUUGGGAUAACCAAAGAAGACCUGUCCAUCAGUCUAGGAGCUGAUAAGCGAACCUAUCGGCUAGGACGGACUCCAGAGCCUGCCGACAUCACAUUAUUCUAA